AUGCCUAAUGAUAAAGUACUUAAGAAUGAUCUUCCUAACGAAAAAAACAUUAACUUUCCCAAGUUUAAAGUAGGUGAAAGAGUAGGAAGAUAUGUGAAAAUUAAGGAAGUUGGAAGCGGAUCUUAUGGGAAAGCAAUAUUAGUUAAGGAUAUAUAUAAGGGGAGGGAUUAUGUCAUGAAAAUAAUAAAUAUUUCAAAGUUAUCAACAAAUGAACGUAAAGAUGCUAUUAACGAAGUUAAGCUUUUGAGUAGCAUUCGGCAUCCAUAUAUUGUAUGCUUUAGAGAAUCAUUUGUCGAUGAUGGAUUUUUAAAUAUUGUUAUGGAGUAUGCAGAUGGUGGUGAUUUAUUUCGUAAAGUAAAUGCACAGAAACAGUUGAAAAAAAAUUUUCUUGAAAAACAAAUUGUUAGGUGGCUCACUCAAGCUUUAUUAGGCCUUGCACAUCUUCAUAACAGAAAAAUCUUGCACAGAGAUAUUAAAAGCCAAAAUAUAUUUAUUUCUUAUAACGGUUUGAAAAUAGGGGAUUUUGGAAUUGCGAAGGUACUGGAAAAUACUGGUGCAUUUGCAAAAACAACAAUUGGAACACCUUAUUAUCUGUCGCCAGAAAUAUGCUUGUCAAAGCCUUAUUCUUGGUCAUCUGAUAUUUGGGCUUUAGGGUGCGUUGCAUAUGAGAUGUGUUCACUUAAAGUUCCUUUCGAUGCACCAAAUCUUAAAAUGCUGGUCGAAAAAAUAACUAAUGGGAUCUUUCUGCCGAUUUCAAAUUCAUACUCUGAGGGUUUAAGAAGGGUUAUAAUGGACAUGCUUAUUAUUGACUCUUCACAGAGACCUACUGUAAUGGAAUUAUUAAAUUAUCCGAUCAUUGAGUCGGAAUUAAGAAUAAUGAAAAAGGAAGCAUAUGUAAUUUGCAAAAGUAAUGUUAACGACUCUUCUUUAAUUAGUAACGCAACAUCAACUAUUGAAAUAAUAAGUGCAAUACAAACCUAUUCUGCAAAUACUAUAUCAAGAUUUAAUAAUCUCAAAACGACCAGCAAACUAAACUGUGAUGAAUUAAAUUUAAUAUAUAACAAUUACAACCCGAUUGGGAAAAACGAAAAAACAACGGAAGAAAUUGGGAGCAAGAUCCGGAUCAAAUCUUCCAUGGAGCAUACAUGCGAAGUUGGAAAAGUACAGGAAGUCAGUGUUAAUAAGAACGAAAUUAAAGGAAAACACGAUUCUAAUUGCGACUAUAUCAUUAAUUGCAAUAAAAAAGGAACGAAUGGGUCUAAGAAUUCUUCAAAUGCUCAAACCUCCACAACUGCCUCAUAUUCCUAUGACGACAAGGAUUCUACCGCAAAUACAAAACUAAAUGAAAUAUAUAAAUCUAACCCUACUAAUGAAAACUCCAUCAAUCUGUUUCCUUUUCAAGUCGAAACAGUUAUUUAA